AUGCAUCAUAUAAAUGGAUUCAAGGGGCUGCCCCUCCUCUCCACAUGCAGCCAGAACCCUGCUGCCCACGCCAGCCCAGUCACAGCACUUAGCAGCCACCCCCGGGAACCUCAUCAGUGUGCCCAGGCCGCGGAGCAGACAUCCCAUACAGGCAAGUGGACAGCAUUGAACACUGAACUCGUUCAGUUCAAGGCCAAACCAGAGCGUCCUGCUACAGGGGCAAAUCUGUGUGCUUCUGGAAGCGCCUCCUAUUUCGGAGAUGUUUACAUAGCUCCCACAUCCAGUCAAACCCAAGAAGAUCUUGAGGAAAACAGUGUCUGGGGCUUGAGUGACACCCGUUUGUGGAAAAAGACCACAAGGCUCUGUGGUGUGGCUUUGGACUGUGUCCCAGAUGACCAACAGACUGGUGAUCUGAGAGACAGCAGUGGGCUGACACAGAUGUCACUGUUUAUAAUUUUUGGAUGUACGGAUAGCAUGAUUCUGGCUGUGAUGGCAUAUGACAGAUUUGUGGCCAUCUGCCACCCUCUGCAUUACCAGGUCAUUAUGAAUCCCAGUCGCUGUGGUGUCUUAUUUCUAGGGUCUUUUCUUGUUAGUCUUGCAGAACUACUGUUCCACUAUGUAGCAGUAAUAAAUAUUUCCAGCUGUGAGGAUUUUAUUGAAAUCUCCAAUUUUUUCUGUGGCCCUUCUGAAGUACUUAAACUUGCCCACUUUGAUACUACCACCAAUAACAUAGUCAGAUACUGUGUAGGUGCUCUCUUUGGGCUACUUCCUAUUUCAGGAAUCAUUUUCUCUUACUUUAAAAUAGUUUCCUCCAUCAUACGCUCAUCACCAUCAAGUGGGAAGCACAGAACCUUCUCCACCUGUGGGUCUCAUUUGUCCAUUGUUUGCCUGUUUUAUGGGACAGGAGUAGGAUUGUACCUCAGCUCCUCUCUGUCACAUUCUCCAACAAGUAAUGCAGUGGCCUCAGUGAUGUACACUGUGGUCACACCUAUGUUGAAUCCCUUUAUCCACAGCCUAAGGAACAAGGACAUUAAAACUGCAUUAAGAAAGAUUCUUAGAAGAGCAUUCUAA